AAAGGUUUGGGUUUGCUACAAAAUUGUUUGAUUUUUGAUGAGAAGGUGAGUUGUACUGCAGUUAAAUUGCCAUAAACUUUACUUUAUGAACUACUGGUUAGAAGUGUAGAUAUUUUAUACGGAAGUAUCUAACCUACAGACUAUAUUAUACUAGUAUGUAAAAGUGCCCCACAUUUGAUUGCGUAUAGAUUUGUACAAUGUACACAGUUUGACUUUGCGAACAUUUCCGGUUGAAGUUGUCGUGUUGGUAUAUGUAGUUCCUACGCGAAAAUACGACAUAAAAUCAAUGCGAGGCUAUAUGAGACGAUAGCUACAGAAAGAAAUUUUCAAUAUUUAGGAAAACCGAAUGUUUUACCUGUAGUUUUGGAGCCCGGAAGGCGGAAGCAGUCUCUUUCGCUUUCAUUUGUUGUUUCACCGCCGCACCAAUGUAGCCUGUAUUUACUGUGCACAGAGAUUGCAAAAUUAGGUAGUUUUCAAUUAUAAUUGAGUUGCACAAAAUAUGAUUCCUCCCAAAUAGUAAUAAAGAGGUGCUUGGAGUUAACUUUAUUGGAUUCAAGUGGUCACAAAAUACUGUAGAGACACACAGAAGGUUAACUCCGCUAAAAAGUGUAACUGCUGCCACGCCAAGAUUCCCAAUGAAAAUGCACUUGUCAUUUUCCUGGCCAGUGUUUCUUAUGAGAGGUAUAUUUAUCCUCCUGAACGUCUUCCAUUUUAAAAUCGAACGCCUCUCGUAAGUGCACUGACUUAAAGGAACAUGGUGACGUCCAGCACAAUUGCAAUGGUUACACCAAAAUCAUAGGCAAAUAUAAGAAUUAAGUCAACCUUCUGUGUCUUUUUGCUUCACUGAUUGGCUUACAGAUUUGAUCUUCAAGUCAGGAUUAAUCUUGAUAACCCAAAAUCUGUGUUUAUGAGAAAGCCCACUAUUCUUAAUAUUUGUUCAAAAUAAGUGGUCAAAAAUAUCUGUAUGCCACAGUUUCUGGUGGAACAUGCAUUGAUUCCAGUCUGGAAGGCUGUCAUCAGUGCUGGAAUAUGUCCGGCAGCGCCCCCUUACGAAAAGUUCCUAUAUAGGAAAAAUUCCUAUAAGAAUUCCUAUAGGAAAAAUUCCUAUAGGAAAAAUUCCUACAGAAAUUUUGUCCGAAACUCUUAUAGGAAUUUUUCCUAUAGAAAUAUUUCCUGUAUGCACUUGCUUUUGGAUUUUCCUGCAUGAAGCAAAAUAUAUUUUCUAGGCCUGCUGGGAGGUAAUCAGUCCUUGUAGCCAAAAAAUCCGAGUUCAUUAAUUUCUUCUCAAUAUAAUACAUAAAUAUAUUUUAAUAUUUAAGCCUCCUCCGCAGGCAACUAUGAUGGUAUUCAAACGGCAAAAUUCAUGUAUAUAAUUUAUCCAAUGAUCAAUAUGUUGAAUAUCAGUGCCAGAAUGCAUAUAAUUUAUACGGCAAAUAAUACAGGAAAAUACAAAAAACAAACUUUGACCACAACCAUAAUUGAUAAUAAAAGGGGAUUCGAAGUGGAAUUCUAGCCCCAUACAAAGUGUCAAUUUUGUAGAUUAUACAUUAAUUAUGGUAAUUGUGUUUUUAGCUGUAGCUACAAUGGCUGAAUCACUUCGAUAUAAAGUUGAGGAACAUUUGACUUGCUCUGUUUGUUUGGAACCAUUUAAAGAUCCCAAAGUUUUACCUUGCCUUCAUUCAUAUUGUCAUGUGUGCAUUGUAAACCUGGCCAAGAAUGCAAAUUCCAAUACUAUCAACUGUCCCGAGUGUCGAUUGGCAGUAGAGGUGAGGAAAAUGAAUAAUUAAUUACCGAUUAAGUUGCAUAAUUGUGCCCAAUACAGCCUACUUAACUGAUUUACUCUCACUGUCUAAGCCCAGAUGAUUUUACUCAUCAAGGGAGAGUGCUCAGGUGAUCAAUGCCCAAUGGGUUAGUAUGUAAAAAUUGACUGAGGAAACUGAAAUUCCUGAUGUUUGUAUCGAGAGGCUGUUUUUAUGAGUGUAGAUUUCUGGAGUCAGGGAAAAUAAUUUUCUUUCUGGCCAAGCACAAUCUGAAGUCAACCUGAUCAGUUAUAUGUAUAACUGAGGUGCGUGAAAUAUGCGUGUACAGUAUAGUGAUUGGAUUAAUUGAUUUUCCUUGCUCGUGUUAGCAUUGAUAUCUCAUUUUGCUGUGCACAAAAAUAAUAAAUCGUAUUUGUCAACUGUAUUUGAUGCUACAGUAAAUACAUUGUAUGCUGAUUUUUAUUCCGUUUCCAUAUAAUACCUGAUAACUGACAGUGUAGAAACUAAAGGCGUGGUUAUUCCGAAUCCUGAAGCUAGCCAGAAUUUCAGAGUGUGGGUCUCUCAUUUAAUAGAUGCAACAAAACGUUUCUGAAGUAAAUAUAUACAGUAUUUUAUGGAUAAUUUCAGUAUUUUGGAAAUUUUGGUUUGUUAUGGCUGGUUGAAGGAAACACCGUCCAUUUUCACCUUACGUUUUUGGAACAAACAUUAAUUAAACAGUAAUUGCAUAAACGUUCACUGAUCAGAUAACUAUCAUACGCUGUAUUUAUUGUUAGGACAGCCUGUUCCCAGCAUGUCGAUAAGUUAUCAAAGGCCUGUUGAUAAUUUGUUACAAGGUCUUUGACUGUUAACAAGUUGUGAGUGACAAUUUUAUAGAACUUGACAAACUGACAACGUUGUCACAACUUGUUGGCAAGCUUGUUACAAGUCUGUUCAGUGUUGAAAAGAUGUGAGUUUUUUAGUGUGUGUAUAUAUAGCUAAAUUUUGCAGCAAAGUUUCCAUAAACUGGAAAGUUAACUCCAAUGAAUAUAAAGUUCUAUUACUGGUUGAUGCAAACUGUUAGAAAAUUGCCGCUAUUGGAAAAUUGCACUUUCAAAUGGUCUAAGGAGUGCUUUGAGGUGUGGGCUAUUCAUUACAACGUUUUUCUGCCUGUUACAGCAAAAAUUUGAGGGAACUUGUUUUCCCCAGUUUUGAAAAUUACAAACGUGUGGACGUGUCGAAGCUAUGUAUGCCCUUGUAAUCCCGAAAAAAAUACUUUAAAAUCUUCCAUAUAUAAAAAAUAUAAAAAACUUGUUAUAUGUACUAGUAAAGUUACUAAAAUCCAGGUAUCGUAUGUUUAGUCCUUACUUUAAAACUAGUCUAUUCUCUAAAACAAAUAUUUGGAUUUAACUUUCAGUCGUUUAAUAGACCUGACUAGCCAACUUGUAGCUGGACGUCAAGAAAGCCUCUAUGAUAAUUUUACUUACUUGUUCUAAAAACGUUAUCCAAUGCAUAGGUCGACGAAAACACUGUUUCUACUCUGCCAUCAAACUUCUUCGUGAACAAUCUCCUGGCAACAAUGACGCUGACAAAUGACAAGCCCGCUGCGAAGAAGAUUCUUUGCGACAGCUGUGACAGUGAAGAAGCUGCUCAAAGCCGUUGCAAUGAAUGUGGAAUAUUUCUUUGUCAGUAUUGUACUGAUUUUCAUAAACGAUCUCGGUCAAUGAAACAUCACGAGCUGGUGACCAUGGAGCAAUUGAAAUCCAAUCCAGGUCCCCAGAACAUUGCUGAGAAGAUACGAUGUCCCAAACACAAGGAAGAAGUCAUCAAGUUGUUUUGUAAAACAUGUCAAACAACCAUUUGUAGAGAUUGCACCAUCGUUGAUCAUCAGGGGCAUAAAUAUGGGUUUGUUGAAGAAGUCGCUGUCGAAGAAAAACGCCAUUUGCAAAGCAAUCUUAAUGAAGUAAAGCAAAGAAAAGGAAGAGUUGCACAGGGAAUUGUAAACCUGAAGAAAUUUAAUGAAGGUCUGGAGGCUAAGAAGAAGUCAACACUCUCAGAAAUCAGUCAGCACUUCGAUCAACUUGUGAAAGCUGUGGAAUCUCGGAAAAGAGAAAUGAUGGAAAAAGCGACUUCGAUCACGAAUUCUAGACAAAAACAGAUUCACGCGCAGUUAGAGGUCUUAGAAGUGGCUUUAGCAAGUUGUGAAAGCAGCAUCGAGUUUACAGAGCAAGCGUUCAAGAAUGGCAACGAUGUUCAAAUAUUGAGCAUGGAGAAGUACAUUUUGCAGUCUUUGGAGCAGCUGAAAGCAGUUAAAGAUCAAACGAAGCCUUGUGUUACUGAAGACAUGGUGUUUAUCAUUCCUUCGUCGGUGCAGGAAAAAAAGAAAAAGUUGUUAAUAGACUAUGACGUAGAUGUCACUGUAGCAAAUCCUGAAAGUUGCACGGCUUCCUUUAAAGAAACUGAAGCAACAUUCAUUGCUGAGAAACAGUACUCCAUAACAUUAAUCUGUCACGACAAAAAUAACCGAAGAUUAAGAUACGGAGGUCAGGACAUCAAACCGUCGUUCACUGGAAUGGAGGUCAGUGAUGUUGCCGUUACUGAUAAUAAAGAUAGCUCCUACACUAUCAGUUUUUGUCCUCGUCAGGUUGGCAUGUUGAAGUUCGAGGUAUCCAUCAAUGGAACGCCUGCUCCAAAAUGUUCUUUGACAAAACAAGUGAAGUGGGUUAUAAGUGAUGCUCAUGGUAAAGGUCCUAUCACUAAUGGUGGAUGUGCAAUGUGGGGUGAUUGUGGUUACUGUUGCAGAGUAGGUGGAUGUUACUUUGAUUCCGGAGUUCACACGUGGAAAGUUCGAUUGAGUAACUUUAACUUUGGUCAACCCAGUGCUGAAGUUGGAAUCAUCGACUAUGACGAAGUUAACGCAGAUAUGGCUCAAAGCAAAAAGAAGUGGGUUUAUAAGCUUCCUGUCCCAUUCGGUGGUUCCGCUGAUAUUUCCUUCAAUCUGGACAUGAAAAAAAGAUCAUUGAACGUCAAUGUUAACUCGAGUCUUGAUGGCUCUAGUACUAACAGCUAUCAGUUCACUGCACGUCGUGUUUCACCUUUCUUUGCGUGCAGCUCACCUAAUCUGAUUAUUGAGUUAGUGGAAUGAAAACAUUUAAUUGUCGGUGAAAUUCAGUGCUGGUUGUGAACGGAAAAAACUGCAGGAAAAUCGCAAUGCCAACUAAAACGCGAGUUUCGUAAAUUAUUGUUUCAACUGUUGCUAAAAUAUAUCGAAUAAAACUGAAACAAAGUAAUUUUAAGAGGAACGCCAAAAUGAUCAGUUUUAGAUUUUGAACACUUUGCAUCGCGAAUACGCGAUGUUGAGAAAAUGUCUCCUAUAUAAAAGUUCAUAUCAAUCUCGUCCCCCGAGACGGCCCGUUCGCAGGUUAAGGGUGGCCCUUAACCUGCGAACGGGCAUGCUCGGGGAAACAAGAUUGGGUUCAUAUCGAAAUUUUAACAAGAAAAUUUAACAUUUUGUCAACUCGUGACAAGUUUUCCUGUUAACGAGCUGACCUUACUGGACCUCUAGGAAGAACAGUUUAAAACUGAAGAGCUAUCCAUUUUAAAUAGAGGUAGUUUAGUUUAGGUUUCCUCCUGUAGUAACACUGGAUCAAUAAGAGAUGAUCCUUACUGGACCUCUAGGAAGAACAGUUUAGAACUAUAGAGCUAUCCAUUUUAAAUAGAGGUAGUUUAGUUUAGUUUCGCUUACCUCAGAGUAAAAUCGCUAUGGUGAUAAUUUUUCCUAAGAUUUAUUUUGUUGGCAAAGCCCAGGAGUGGAUUAUCGAUCGUCCCCCUCUUCCACACAUAAUGAAUCCAGUUCGCCCACGGUCACAUUGCCAAAUUUUACUUGCUUCAUUCUCCCACAUAGUCUUGAGCUUCGAGUAUCAGAAAAUUUGUGAAGCCGUUGUUUUGAAGAUGAUGGCCCGCCGUGAUUCCCAAUAGUCCUGCCCCGAUGAAAAGAGUUCAAAACCUAAUUUUUUUUGGCGUCCCUCUCAAAAUUACUGUGUUUUCGCUUUAUUUUGUAGUUUACACAGUUAGCACUAACCUUUUUAAACGUAUCUGGCGGUUGGGAAACACAAAAUAAUAGUUAGAUAUUGUCAAUUUAAAUGUACAGUACUCAGUAGUUAUUAGUUAAUUAUUACUGCUAUAAAAAUAGUAAAGUUGACGCCAUAUUUAUACAGCAAUAUAAGCAAAAUUUACUGAAUUUCAGAGAUCAGUUCCUCUUUGGCGUACCAUGUAAAAUCUCUUCAUUUUAGCAGAAUUUGACAUACUUUUUUAAAAUUCAGAUACUUG